AGAUGAUUGAACCCUUUUUGAUUAAAAAUCCAGGACGUUUUACAUUGUUCCCAAUUAAAAAUCAUGAUAUCUUUAAAAUGUAUAAGAAGGCGCUAGCAUCAUUUUGGACAGUUGAAGAAGUAGACUUGUCAAAGGAUAUUGUAGAUUGGGAACAGAAACUUAAUGACGAGGAACGUCACUUCAUUUCACAUGUUCUAGCAUUUUUUGCCGCAUCAGAUGGUAUCGUCAAUGAAAAUCUUGUUGAACGUUUCUGCCAAGAGGUACAAAUACCAGAAGUGAGGUGUUUUUAUGGUUUUCAGAUUGCCAUGGAAAAUAUUCACAAUGAAAUGUACAGUUUACUUAUUAAUACAUACAUAAAAGAUUUACAGGAGCAGAACAGAUUAUUUAAUGCUAUUGAAACGCUGCCAGCUGUUAAGAAAAAAGCUGAUUGGGCUCUAAGGUGGAUUACCAAUAGAACGGCAACAUAUGCCGAACGCAUUGUUGCCUUUGCUGCAGUAGAGGGUAUUUUCUUUAGUGGUUCAUUUGCUGCAAUAUUUUGGUUAAAAAAACGUGGUUUAAUGCCAGGUCUAACCUUCAGUAAUGAAUUGAUUUCUAGAGAUGAAGGGUUACACACAGAUUUUGCUUGUUUGAUAUUUAAGUACUUGAUUAAUAAGCCUGAUCAGAAAUAUGUAUAUUCUAUCAUUGAUAAUGCUGUGAAGAUUGAACAAGAAUUUUUAACAGAU